GGGGCGGAGCGGCCGCGGAACCGGAGCGGUAUGUGGGCGCUCGGACGGCGCGCAGUCGCGGGCCUGCCGUCCCGGACGGCGUCCCGGGCCUCGGUCUCGGUCGGGAUCCCGCGCUGGAGGGAGCCUAUCGGAGCGUGCGGCCACCGAGGCCUGCAGGUCACGAUCAGCUCGGCCUCCGCCAUCCGCCACUCAAAUUUGAACCUCCACUACCUCAAUCAGAUUCUGAACAUCAAAAAGCAGAGUGUCCGCAUGGUGCAUUUGAGGAACUCGGGAACUUUGAACAAUCCAAGCUCUCUAGACGAGACAGCUUAUGAAAGACUUGCGGAGGAGACGCUGGACGCCCUGGCAGAGUUCUUUGAAGACCUUGCGGACAAGCCCUAUACCCUGGAGGACUAUGACGUCUCUUUUGGGGGCGGCGUGCUAACCAUUAAACUGGGCGGGGAUCUAGGGACCUAUGUGAUCAACAAGCAGACUCCAAACAAGCAAAUCUGGUUAUCUUCUCCCUCCAGUGGCCCUAAGCGCUAUGACUGGACUGGGAAGAACUGGGUGUACUCCCACGACGGCGUGUCCCUGCAUGAGCUGCUGGCCAGAGAGCUGACUGAAGCCUUAAAUACCAAACUGGACUUGUCUUCCUUGGCCUAUUCUGGAAAAGGCGCUUGAGCACCUGCCGAAUUCACAGACAGUAAAGCCAUCAGGCCAAGACCCCCGCUUUCUUCUGUAGUUGGGUGUCUGGUUUCCCAUGCCUGCUUCUGAGGACAGUCACACUGUGUGUAACAGCUCUGUGAAAAAAGCGUGUUACCUCCCAGCCUGUCCCCGGAUCUGUCUCUUCAUUUCUACCGAGGUUUGUUAGAACUGUCUCAUUUCUCCCCGCGCGACCCCCUGAUUUCUUAGAAUGUCUUACACCAUGUGUGCUGACGACAGCCUCAGGAAAAGGAAAAGGGCUCCAAGGGAGAAACAGAUUUCCCCACUCUUCAUUCUUUGAAGAAUUUAUUGUAAAAGCUUCAUGAAGAGCCAAAGUGACCUGCCAUUGUGCCUGAAUUGACACCCUAAGAGUAGCUUCUGAAUGUUGCUCCAGGUGUGAACACAUCAGAGCCCUAGCUAAGUGUCAAAAGGAACUAUCUUAAAACACGCGUGCUUGCUUUGUGACCUGUACUGGGCACCCAGGACCUGGCUUUGUGGCAUGUACUGGGCACCCAGAACCUGGGUGCUGUUGUCUCUGUGCUUUCAUAGGCAGGUGUCAUUACAGAGUCAGCAGCUGCAACAUGGACCUGAGAUGUCUUUUUAAAAAUUGAAAACUGGAGCCAGGCGGUGGUGGCGCACACCUUUAAUCCCAGCACUCGGGAGGCAGAGGCAGGCGGAUCUCUGGGAGUUCGAGGCCAGCCUGGUCUACA